AUGGCCGGCCACUUCUUCCAACCAAUUAGCAACAACGUUUUUCCUGAAACCGAAUAUUUCAAGGGUUUCAUGGAGCCUUGCCGGUUCGAGGGUGACGUCUAUGACCUGGAAGUCACUGGAGAGAUCCCCAAGGAGAUUAAUGGCACCUUCUACCGGAACAUGCCGGAUCCGCAAGUCGCACCUUUUGCUAGAGACGACAUAUGGUUCAAUGGUGAUGGAAACAUCAGCGCCUUCCGAAUCAAGGAUGGCCAUGUCGAUUUCAAGCAGCGAUAUGUGAGAACCGAAAAGUUUGUUCGAGAGAGAGAGGCGAGACGAGCAUUGAUUGGAAAGUAUCGCAACCCCUUCACAGACGCUGAGCCUUUUAAAAUCCGAUCAACGGCAAACACCAACAUCGUGUACUUCAAUGGAAAGAUGCUGGCGUGCAAAGAAGACUCGCCCCCCUAUGCCAUGGACCCAGAUACGCUCGAGACACUGGGAGUCGAGACGUUCGACAGCCAGCUCAAAAGCGAGACUUUUACGGCUCAUCCCAAGAUCGAUGCAGUCAGUGGAGAGUUGAUUGGGUUCGGCUAUGAGGCCAAAGGCAUCGCCACCGCUGACAUUUGCUACUUCUCCAUCAAGCCGGACGGGAAAGUCUCGGAGGAGCUCUGGUUCAAGCAACCUCAGCUGUCCAUGAUCCACGACUUUGCUGUUACUGAAAACUGGGUCGUGCUUCCAUUGAUCCCCCACAUCUGUGACCUGGAACUGAUGAAGAAGGGGGGAGAGCAUUGGUACUGGGAUCCAAACAUGCCUCUCUAUUUCGUCGUGUUGCCCAGACGAGGGGGGCAGCCUGAGGAUGUAAAGUAUUUCCAUGCGCCGAACGCUUUCCCGGGUCAUACUGCGAACGCAUAUGAAGAUUCCGACGGCAAACUUUUGGUGGACCUCACCAUCGCCAGCGACAACGUCUUUGAUUGGUUUCCUGAAAAGAAUGGCGUCAAGGCCGACAUGAGCAAACUCCACGCACCGCUCAAGAGGUUUACAAUCAAUCCCCAUUCUGAUGUGGCCGAGCUUCCACCAGCCAAGAUCUUAUUGGAAACAAGCUGCGAGUUUAGCAGAAUCGAUGAUCGAUUCGCCACAAGACGCUAUCGCCACGUCUUCAACAUUCUCCAGGAUCCGACUUUGGGGACCGACUAUCCAUUCGUCAUGAAAGCCAACCCCGGUGCCUUCUUCAACGGAAUAGGGCAUCUCGACUUGGAGACAGGAAAAUUUGAGAAGUGGUCUGCCGGUCCACGCGCUGGGUUUCAAGAACCUGCUUUCAUCCCCCGCUCGAAGGAUGCCCCAGAGGGCGACGGCUUUUUGAUCGUUCUCGUGAACGACUACGAGGCCAUGAGGAGCAACCUGGUCAUCAUAGAUGUCAACAAGUUCCAAGAGCCGGUCGCGACGGUCAAGCUACCUUUCCGUCUGCGCCCUGGACUCCACGGCAACUGGGUGGAUGCUGCAGAUCUGGAGAAAUAA